AUGGCCUCUUUGAACACCAUAGACAAUAUGAAAGAGCACCGCGACUCCUUAAGUUCCGACAAUGACGGCUAUCAGCCUCUCGAUACAACUGAAAGCCCUCCAUUACUUGGGAAUGGAAGCCACUCACUUCGGACUCGCCGGCGAAGGAAAUUUGCGAUCCCUACUCACUGGCCGUGGAUUCUUUCCACAUCAGGGUUUACUUUAAUCUCAUUCUGCCUUCUCGCAAUGGACUGGGCCUCAGCCCCUCCCCGUGGAACCUAUGAGAGCGGAUUCAGUACCGACUUAGAUGCUGCAUUUCCUGCUAUUCAAAUCAACAAGGUUCGAUUUACAGGUGGUCUAUACUACGAUGCGAAUGGAACAGUGGUGCGAAACCGGUUAUCCGAUGGCGGGCCAGAAUGGGUUGGACCACCGAAUCCAGCCACAGAUCGGCUCUGGGACGAUAUAACGGAAAGCAUGUUCUUCAACAUAUCUUUGAAUGAAAUUUAA